AUGCACGCAAGCAGCUCCAGCUUCCCCUCGGCGGUCUCCUCUGUCCUUUGGACGGACGCUCGACCUCCCACGGUGGGGCAGCGACGGAGCUCCCUGACCAACAGCGCUAAACCGGCUACACUCCGCACACUCAGACCGGCCACAGCGCGUGGAGCGGUGGGAACUACGGCCCUCCUUGUAGGUCUAGCGAGUCGGGCUGUGGCACGUCGGACGGCGGCGAAGGCACGGACCUUUGCUGUACUACCUCGGAUAGAAGGUCUACAUCCGGUGGUGCACGAAGAGCUCGUGCUCGAUCCGCCUCGAGCGCCACCGCCGGAGUUGGGUGCCGUGGUGCGGCAGCUCUAUGCCAGUUUUAACCAAUGCGACGCGGAUCGCACGGCCGCUUGCUUCACGGAGGAUGUGGUCUAUGAGGACUUGCUGCUGGGGAACUCCACGAUUGUUCAAUCCCGCGCGGAGUUCCUGGAGCUCAUCCGCACCCAUCCGGUCUUCGUGAGUGCGCGCGCCUGUGGGAUGUUGGGCCUGCCUCCCCUCGAUAUCAAGGUGGAGGUGGACAAUAUCUCUGAGGACACCUUGCGAUCCACCGUUGGGGUUGAAUGGCACGUGGAGGUGAGUGGUCAGCCGCUGGUGUUGGGCCGUGGCUUAAGUUUCAUGAAGAUCUGUCGAAAAACAGGUCUCAUCGCCAAGGCCACUGACAUCGCCGAAGCGCCUUGGCGCGCCAUUGGCCUGGUGCUCUCGCCCUUCGCGCGGGGUAUCCGGGACGUCUCGCGACUGCUGCGGGACUGGAGCUUUUCCUCGGCGAUCACGGUGGUGCUCUUUGCGGUGCUCUUCCUCGACCGGUCCUCUUUGGACAUGCUGCGUGACGAUAUCGACACGCUGGACGACUUCCGGAAUCGCCUUGAACAGCUGCCGGAACACCAGGACCUGAAGGCCUACCUCGCAGAGAUGGUUGCCAAGUCAGGGGGAAGCACCUGA